AUUUUUCUAUCUCUAAUCCAUUUUCCCUCUUCUCCCUCUAUAUAUAUUGAUGAUAAUUCAAGUUGAAGUAGCACAGGUUCUCUUUCAUUUUUAUUUAUUAUUUCCUUAAGUUCCAAAAGGAGAAGAAAAGAAAAGAAUAGAAAACAAAAAAAUGUUUUUCAGAAGCCUCCUUAUAGUACUAUUAGCCACUUUAUUGUUUUCAACCUCUUGUAAUGGAAAGAAAAUUGGGAAACCAAUAAAACGUGGUAAUAAUGCACCAAAAAUUGAUAAUGUGAAAAAAAAGACACAAGCAAUUAUUGAUAUACAAGCUUUUGGAGCCAAAGGUGAUGGACUCACAAAUGAUACAGAGGCAUUUAUAAGGGCUUGGAAGAAGGCAUGCCAAACAGAAAAUGGUGUGCUUUUGAUUCCAAGGCACAAGACAUAUUACAUUGGACCAAUUAAAUUUCAUGGUCCUUGCAAGAAAGGCCUUAGAAUGAUGAUAAAUGGAGAACUCAUAGCUUCAAAGGACAUAUCAGAUUAUAAACAAGAUAGAAGACAUUGGCUUUUAUUCCAAAACAUGGAAAAUUUUAUAGUUGAAGGUGUGGGAAGCAUCGAUGGCAAUGGACAAGUAUGGUGGAAACGCUCUUGCAAAAUUGAUAAAACAAUUCCAUGCAAUGCAAAAACACUAACAGUUCCAACUGCUAUGACUUUUUACAAUUGCACAAAUUUGACAGUGAGAAAUUUAGAGUUGAAGAAUCCACAGAAAAUGCACUUGACAAUUACUAAAAGUGUGUUUGUUGAGGUUUCAAGAUUGAGAAUUACAGCACCUGCUGAUAGCCCCAACACUGAUGGCAUUCAUGUUUCUGGGACAAAAGAUAUAGAUAUCCACCAUUCUUAUAUUGAAACAGGUGAUGAUUGUAUCUCAAUUGUAAAUGGUUCCACUAAUGUUAGAGCAAGAUAUAUACAUUGUGGACCUGGCCACGGAAUCAGUAUUGGAAGCUUGGGGAAGAAUAAACAGGAGGAUGUUGUUUCAAAUGUUUAUGUACAUGAUGCCACCUUGAGGGGAACAACUAAUGGAUUAAGAAUAAAGUCUUGGCAGGGAGGACGUGGAUAUGCAAAAGAUAUUCUUUUCCAAGACAUAGUGAUGGUGAACGUGACCAACCCCAUAAUCAUAGAUCAAUUUUACUGUGACCAAGAUAACCCAUGCAAAGAGCAGAAAGAAGCAGUACAUGUGAGUAACAUAAUGUACAAAAAUAUUAAGGGAACGAGUUCUACACAAACUGCUAUUAAAUUAAAUUGCAGCAAAACUAUUCCAUGCAAAGGGAUACAAAUGGAAAAUGUGGAUAUACGUCACGAGAGCGGUUCAACUGUCAAAGCUUUAUGUGCAAACGUUAAAUUCACUACAAAGGGGGUAUUUUUCCCAAAAUGCCCUUCCGAGCGUCGGUAGACAACUUUUUGGAAUUUAUAAUAUUUUUAUUUUUCCCUUCUCAUUUGUACAUGUCCCUUUAUUUGAUUCUUACCACUUUUAUUCUUGAGACAGUCAUUGACAUUUGUCCCACAGAAAAGUUCUAUUAUAUAGGGGUAGUAGGAAAUUAAAGGAAGUACAAUUUUAGAAUAUUGUUGGCUAGGAAUUACAACUGCUGUGUACUGUAUUAUGUAUUUCUCAAGUGUAAGUUGGU